AUGAAAGCUAACAAUAAUUAUAACACAAUGAGUUGCAGUAUUUCUUCGACUUGUAGAAGACUGAAGCAUACUCUUCCCGAUUUGAUGUACGAUUAUGGAGCUUUAGAACCGGUGAUCUCUGCUGAAAUUAUGCAAGUUCAUCAUGGCAAGCAUCACGCUGCUUAUGUGAAUGGACUGAACCAGGCUGAGGAGAAAGUAAAAGAAGCUUUAGCAAAAGGAAGAAUACAAGAAGCCGUUGUGGGCACGAAAUUGAUGAAUUUCAAUGCUGGUGGUCAUAUCAAUCAUACCUUAUUUUGGGAAGGACUAACCACAGUAAAGGACAGCGGGGAACCAAGUGCUGAACUCAUGGCCGCUGUCAAAAAAGAUUUUGGAUCUCUCGAAGCAAUGAAAGACAAGCUUAGUGCCAAAACAAUCGCUAUUCAAGGCUCUGGUUGGGGUUGGCUUGCUUACGACAAGGAAAUGAAACGUUUGCAGCUUGUAUGUUGCGCGAAUCAAGAUCUUCUUGAACAAACAACUGGCUUAUCACCGCUAUUUUGCAUCGACGUUUGGGAACAUGCAUAUUAUUUACAGUAUAAAAACGUAAGACCAGACUUUGUAAAAGCCAUUUGGAAAAUUGCGAACUGGAAAACUAUAAGUGAUCGUUUCGCUAAAGCUACGCAAUAA